AUGGGAAAGCCUUCUUUCUACCUCUCAGUCAAUGGCACGCCGGUGGAAUUCCAACCUCCCCACGCCCGCCCCCCCCCCCCCCCCCCCCCCCCCCCCCCCCCCCCCCCCCCCCCCCCCCCCGGGCCCCAGCCCAUCUAG